AUGAAGCGCGAUAAAGCGAAGCAGUUGAAGGAAGCUAAAGAUGCCAUUAAAAGACAAACGCUAGCGGACAACAAGACGACGAAUUCGGAACAUUCAGAAGAGCGAACUUCUCCAACAAACGACCACUUUCCUGGCACAGAGCCCAUGCUAAGUCACAAAUUUGCGGAUCUACCCAUCUCCGAACCAGUAAAGAGGGCAUUGAAUGACAUGGGUCUUACCAAAAUGACAGAAAUUCAGUGGAAAUGUAUACCACAUUUACUUGAGUGCAGAGAUGUUAUGGCGUCUGCGAAAACGGGGAGCGGCAAAACUCUUGCUUUCCUAAUCCCGGUUGUUGAACUUAUUCGGAAAUUGGGCAUGCAAAGUCGCAAUGGGACUGGUGCUGUCAUCAUUUCUCCUACACGCGAGCUCAGUCUUCAGAUUUACAGUGUACUAAAGGAGCUUACGGCUCACACGCAAAUUCGUAUCGGCCUAAUCAUGGGUGGCAGUAACCGGCAGGCCGAAGCCCAAAAUUUACAGAAGGGUGUCACUAUCCUUGUAGCAACUCCAGGCAGACUUCUUGACCACCUGGUUAAUACUGAGAAUUUCCUUAGGCACAAUCUGAAGGUCUUAGUAAUCGACGAGGCGGAUCGUUUACUAGAUAUUGGUUUUGAACUGGAAAUGGAGCAAAUUAUCCGUCUGCUACCAAAAGAUCGACAAUCCAUCUUUUUCUCGGCUACGCUAAAUGAGAAAACACAUAAACUUGCCAAGUCUGCAUUGAAGGCGAACUGCAUUAUGAUUGGAGUGGAGGAGCGGUCUGAGGCAACUGUAGAAACACUCGAACAAGGCUAUAUUGUCUGUAAUCCCACCACAAAAUUUUCUCUGCUUUACACUUUUCUCAAACGUAAUAGAAACAAGAAGAUCAUGGUCUUCAUGUCAGCGUGCAUGGAAGUGAAGUUCUAUUACGAAUUGCUAAAUUUCAUCGAUAUGCCAGUUCAGGCAAUUCAUGGACGCCAGAAGCAGGCCAAACGAACCAGCACCUUCUUAAGUUUUGUCAAGGCUCAAAGUGCAGUGCUUCUCUGCACAGAUGUGGGUGCUCGUGGUCUGGAUAUCCCUGAGGUGGACUGGAUUGUACAGUUCGAUCCACCGGAUGACCCGAAGGACUAUAUUCAUCGUGUUGGUCGAACUGCUCGCGCUGGCAAAUCGGGGAACGCUCUUCUCAUGCUCCGCCCCCAUGAACUUGGAUUUCUAGAUGUUCUGCGCAGCUCAAAAGUCAUUCCAGUUGAGUACGAGGUGGCGGCGGGCAAGGUGGCUGACGUACAGCCAGCGUUGGAGAAGCUUAUUUCCUCUAACUACUUUCUGGCGAACUCGGCGCAAGAGGCUUUCAAGGGCAUUGUUAGGUCUUACAACUCCUCUAAGCUCUCUUGCUUCAAUGUCAACGAACUGGAUUUGGCAGCUCUGGCUAAGACUUGUGGUCUCCAGAUCGUUCCCAAAGUGGAUUUGGGAGUAGAGCCAUCGAAGAAGUUUGAUAUGAAACGAAUGAAGCGGAAGGCCUUUGGAGCUGCGGCCGUGGGAGCCGCAAAGAAAACCAAGUUCUAUAAACACCUUAGGUAG